CAUCAGUUACCAAAAUCAGAGAUAGCGAUGGACUGCUGCUGCUUCCUGGGCUUGGCGCCUCGCGCUCGCGCAGCCCCAAGCAAGCGGCUCAGGCUUGUGCGCCACGGAGAGAGUCAGUACAACGUAUACUAUGCUGAGCACCAUCGUGAUCCAGGCGACUUCUGGGAUGCUGCUCUCACGCCGAAGGGCGAGGAACAAGCCAAGCUCCUUAGAUCUCGCUUUGAGAAGCGUCCCGAGAUGAUCGUCAGUUCGCCAUUGACCCGUGCGAUUCAGACAGCGCUGCUUGCUGUCCCGGACGGAACAGGACGACGGGUCGUGGCGAACCCUCUUUGCUCUGAGCAUAUGGAGGCCUCCUGCGACCUCGGAAGGCCAGCGUCGCAACUCAGAUUCGCCUUUCCGCAGGUGGAUUUCGGGAACUUGCCCGACGUGUGGUGGUACGUUCCAGAUGAUUGCAAGGCAGGCAUCACCCCUGAAGCUUCUCAGAAGCUCUUCACCAACGAUGGCCGCCGGGAGUCCCGGCCUGACUUCGAGCGCCGCGUGGACUCCUUCGUGGGCUGGCUCAUGCAGCAGCCUGGGAAGGAUAUCGCGAUCUUUGCCCACGCCGAUUUCUGCAACUGCCUCCUUCAGCGCUACCUCAGCUGGCGGGAGGCAAGCUUCAAAGACUACUGGAUGAGCAACUGCGAGCUGCUGGAAGUCGAGCUCCGACAAGAGGACCUGAGAAACCCGGUGCUUUCUGCAGCCUUGGCGAAAGCAUCAGAGGAUUCUGCCGCUCCGGAGCCGAAAUCCGCUUCUGCGAUGCCGGCACCUGCCAACCGCGCCGCCCUGGCGCUGGAAGCUCUGCGCCAGGAGCUCAGCCAAAAGCACCCAGAACUGAAGCCUGGAGAGUUGCGAGCAAAGGCGGCCAAGGAAUGGAAAGCCCUGACGCAGGAGGCGCGAGCACAGUACAUGGCUGCCAUCUGA